AUGGAGAUAACGCGGAAUCUUCGAUCGAUUCUUAUUCUGUUCGGCCUAUUAACCGGUGCUGGUUGUAAAACUAGUUUCCAAAAGAAGGAAGAAUCUAAAAUGGAUACGCUCGACUAUUCUCCAGGUAAACCAAUCGAUCGUGGCCUAUCCAAAGAUUUUACUAACGCCUGGAAGGACUUUUCGACCGACUGCUCGGCAGAAGAACCAAAAAAUCUCUCGGUAUCGUGUCAGGGAGUCAGGAUUGUCAGACGAGUCGUUCAGCAACUUCUCGAGAACUCCAGCAAGGAAUCGGAUAUAGAGAUCUUCGAUGGAAUUAGUCUGGUUGAAGUGGAGGACGCAAGUUCCUCGCGAAAAGGAAGAUUCCUCAAAGGCUUCGGUAGCAUGACGCCGUUGCUGCAGUUUCUCGAGGGUCGAGAGUUAAGGGUGAAGUUGCCGAAAUUAUUACCGCAAAAUUUUGAGACGGCUUUCGAGAAGACCAUGACCAGUUCGACGAUCGGCGAGGGUGGAAGAGCACGUGGCGGAGGAGGUUUGGGUGGAGGUGGAGGAGGCGGUGGUGGCAAAAAGGGUGGCGGUGGAAUGAUGAUAUUGGCUCUAAUGAUGGGUAAAAUGAUGGCUGCUAUGGGAUUUGGUGCACUUGGUCUUUUAACGAUGAAGGCAUUAAUGGUGUCCGGUCUCGCUCUGAUGCUGUCCAUAAUCAUUGCUGUGAAGAAAUUAGCCAGUAGCGGAGACGAUGGAGGUGGACAUCACGUCGUUUACGCGCAAGAAGUCGGUCAUCAUCAUCGCAAGAAACGUAGUAUGUCUGAGGAGAACGAUAACAUUCUCGACUUGCCUUACAGAGGCUACGCAGAUCUUUACGGAGAUCUGAAGGGGUCCUGA